GUUAUGCAUUAGAUCCAAGUGAUGACACAGCUCACUUUGAAGAGAAAUUUGUUGGGGAUGUUGAGAAAGCAAAGGAUAGCAAGGGAUUGACUGUGUUUGAAGCUACAAAACAGCAGGUGGGAGAUAAGAAGAAGAGAGAGGAUAGGGGAGAUCCUGGUGUGAUUGAUGGAUACAAGGGACAAUGGAGUAAGUUUUUUGAUGAAGAAACUAUUGCUAAACCAUCUGAGGUAUUUCAAUUACCCAAAUAAAGAGUUUUAUAAAGAUAUUUUUCAAAUCAAACAAUUAUUUUGGACAAUACUUGAGGAGUAUGAUUUAUCGAGAAAAAACAAAUCAAAGAAAGAUGAUGUGAAACCUUCAAAAGAGAAAUCCACAUUACACAAUGCAUAUGACAGUCAAGGAAGAUCAUAUCUUCACGUUCCCCAAUAUCUUGGCAUUAAUCUCAAGUCAGAUACUCCUCCAGAACGUUGCUUUCUGCCAAAACAACAUAUUCAUACGUGGUCUGGUCACACUAAAGGUGUUUCUGCAAUAAGAUUCUUUCCGAAUUCUGCUCAUCUUCUUCUUUCGUGUUGCAUGGAUUGUAAAAUUAAGAAACUGCAAGAUGAUAUUCAUAAUGUUAGAGGAGAUAUUAGACACACGUAUUAUGGUAAAGAAAGCUAUGAAAGAUUGUAAAGAUGAUAAAACUCUUCUUCAACUUCUUGAUGCUCGACAACUUGCUUUAAAGUUAAUUGCAAAUGUCACUUAUGGUUACACAUCAGCGAACUUCUCAGGACAAAUGCCUUGUGUUGAGAUUGCUGACGUCAUUGUUCGUAAAGCACGCGAGACCCUGGAACGAGCUAUCCAUCUCGUGAAACAAAAUGAGUGGGGUGCUUGUGUGCUAUAUGGGAACACCGAUAGUCUUUUCCUAUUAGUAAAAGGUGCCAGUAAAGAGGAAGAGUUUAAGAUUGGAAAAGAAAUUGUUGAUGCUGUUACUGCAGAGAAUCCUAAACCUGUGAAACUAAAGUAUAUAUGCCUUGUGUUUUUCAAACAAAGAAACGUUACGUUGGUUAUAUGUACGAAACAUUAGAACAGAAAAAUCCAGUGUUUGAUGCGAAAGGAAUAGAUACAUGCCCAGCGGUCGCUAAGGUGUGGA